AUGCGUCUGAACAUCGUCACGCUUUUCCCCCGUUUUUUUGAGGUCUUUGCUGACGAAUCAAUCAUCAAACGGGCGGUUGAGAAGAAGUUAGUUACGAUUAACAUCGUCAACUUACGCGAUUUUUCGCUUGACAAACACCGCCGGGUUGACGACCAAGUCUACGGCGGAGGACAAGGGAUGUUGCUCCAAGUCGAACCGAUCGACCGGGCCUUGAAAGCUUUGGGCGGCAAAAAAAUCUUGCUCACGCCGCAGGGAGAAGUUUUUAACCAGCAACUAGCCCGUCAACUAGCGACCGAAAAAGAGUUGACUUUAGUGGCGGGACAUUACGAAGGUUUUGAUGAGCGAGUGCGCUCGCUAGUUGACCAAGAGAUUUCGCUCGGCGACUUUGUUUUGACGGGCGGUGAAAUACCGGCUUUGGCUCUGGCUGACGCGCUGAUCAGACUUGUUCCCGGCGUGAUCAAGGCUAGUUCUCAAAACGAUGAUUCCUUUAGCCAAGACUUGCUUGAGUACCCCCAGUACACAAGACCCCGCUCGUACAAAGGAAUGGAAGUACCACCCGUUUUACUGAGCGGCGACCACCAAAAAAUCAACCAGUGGCGCCAGGAACAAGCGCUCGCUAAAACGCGGUCUAAACGACCCGAUUUACUAAGGAGAAAAAAACAUGCGUCAUAA